CUGAUUCUCUACCCGAUAGACUUGUUCUUCUCGCCUAUCUCUGUGAGUUUGCAUUCGUCUCGGACGGCCUUACGGACAACGUUCAAGACCUGAAUUCGCUUGUUCAAGAACAGGAAAAUCUGAUGCAAGCGCUCAGCUCGAAUGGAGACGUGUACGCAAGAGGCUGUUCUGCGCAAGCCUGUCGAAAAGCACAGGUUCAAUCCAAGAUAGCAGCCGAGUUCGUUCGUUUGGACCCUGUCUCCUGGGAAUGGGUUCUUGGUAUUUGGAAAAAGGCAACAAAAGCAACACAUACAGUCAGAUCUCGAGAGUACCACAGUCUGGAGGAGUACUUGUCCUUUCGAGUGUCGGAUGCAUACGCCGAAUGGGCAUUGGCUCUGUUUAGCUGGGCGCAAGACAUUCAUCUAACCGAUGAUGAAGAGCGUAUGAUUGAUCCUAUACGUCACCACGUAUAUGCGGCAAUGACGUUGACAAAUGACUAUUUCUCCUGGCCCAAGGAAUACAAAGCCCAUAUGGAAGAUCAGGAAAUUCCUCUGAUCAAUGCUGUUCACGUCGUGAUGCAAUGUCAGUCUUGCUCGGAGGAGACAGCAAAGGAAGUCGUUAAAGCUGAGAUUCGUCGACACGAAACACUUGUUUCUCAGUUCGAUGAAAAGUACGCGGGGUCGCCUCAGGCAUUAUUGGGUGUUAUCAAAUGGCUUCGUAUGUGUGAAACAGCCCUUGCUGGUAAUUACAUUUGGAGUUCGCAGGCACCACGCUACUUUGACGUCGAGUCAAAUCCAUAUAAGGACCACCUCGCUACCUUGACGGGGGAGUCUGUGUGA